AUGCAACUUCGCACUUUCACUGCCCUCGCCGCGGGAGCGAUCAUUCCCCUCGUCUCUGGCGCCGCUACAACUACCUUCCCUACCGCGGCUGGUGCGACCACCCUCUCCGCGCCCAUGUCCGUCACCGGUACCUACGAUGGUGGUAUGAAACGUUUUGGCCGUGGUCUUAGCCCCUGCUCCGAGGCCGACGGUGGUUCAAUCGGCGCUGUCUUCAUCCUUGAGAGCGGUGCCACCUUGAAGAACGCCAUCAUUGGCUCUGAUCAGUACGAGGGUGUACACUGCAAUGGUCCUUGCACCAUUCAGAACGUUUGGUGGGAAGAUGUCUGUGAGGAUGCUUUGACUAUCUUGCAAUCAUCUGGUACUUCUUACGUUACCGGUGGUGGUGCCAAGGGUGCUUCCGACAAGGUCAUUCAGAUGAACGGAAAGGGUACCGUUGUCGUCAAGGACUUCUUUGUCUCGGACUUCGGAAAGCUCUGGAGAAGCUGCGGAAACUGCAGUGGCAAUGGUGGCCCUCGCAAACUCAUCGUGGAUGGUGUCGUUGCCACCGGCGGUACCGUCAUUGGUGGUGCCAACUCUAACUAUGGAGACACCGUCACUAUCAGCAACACCUGUGGUGCCGCCCCGGCCAAGAUGUGCCAGGUCUAUGAGGGAUGCGACAAGGCCCAGGGUGACUGUGAGAGCGAGAAGCUCAGCACUGGAUUCGAUGGCGUGACUUGCAUUGACGGUGGUGGGAACAAGGCGACUUGCUAG